AUGACAACGGUCUCGAAGCGCGUCUCCGAGGUCGAGGAUAUGGACCAGACACGCAAACUGACGCCGUAUGCCGCCAAGGAGUACGCGGACCAGAAGAAGAAAGCGUUACAACAUCUCGCGGUCGAGCAGCGGCCUGUAUUACGUCAGCUGCAUAUGCCGUGCCGUCAUUUGAUCCGCGUGCUCGCAUUUCUCGACCUCCGUGAUCGCAUCAUAGAUUGCUUCCACCCGAUGUUUCUCUUCGAGAACUACAAGAAAGCAGUCGCCGAAGUCUCGUACAAGCUGCCGCUCUUUGACCGAGCCGUCCCGAACCGCGCCGUCUUGGCGCCGCCAGGGCAGACCACGUUAAAGGCGCAUUGCUAG